UGCCCCCUAGAAAACGGAAAUGUUCAGUGUGCACAGAGUGGCUGGCAAAUUUUACUCUGACAUCUCGCUACCACGCUUUCCAACAUGGUAGUGGUUAGAUAAUGCUGAGAAUUUUAUUUAUUUAUUUUUUGCCGUUGGCUGUCUUCAUUUUUCUUUAGGCUUUCUUUUAUUUGAUUUUCUUUGUACUCUUUCUUCUCUCUCUCUCUCUCACUCAACCUCCUUCCCUUUUCUCUUUCUUUUUUCUUUUUUUUUGGCAGCGGAGGAGGGUUGGAUUAGUUGUUCUCGGAACAGGGAGCCAGAAUUGAUGCACAGAUCAGUAGCAUCUUUGUUGGAGUGGCUGUCGCAUGAAUUUUUUGGAGAUCUCUGGAGAAAACAGAAAGAAACCAAAACGGCAUGAAUGCAUUAAUCCAGCCAGAUUCCUCAUGACUUCCUCAGGAGACCCUAUUAUUCUGAUUAAGGAAUUUCACCAGUACUGGAGAAAACAGUAGCUCUGCCUUUGUUUCCCACUUUUCAGCUUUGGACACAACUGAAAAAGUCACAGAAACCUGAUCUGUUCAGGUUAAUUAUCCCUGAAGAGUGGCAGAUCCACUGUGCACUAAAGCAAGCCUUUCUUCUAUAUGAGCCAAAAAAGAAAAAUAACCUGUUAAAACACCUGUAAAAAAAGAUGGCUAUCAUGAUAUGGGAAUUUGUGGAGCUGCUAUAUGGUACAUUGAUGAUCCAAAUGAGAGAAGAUCAACUGUCAUGAUGCACCAGAAGGCAUUAUAAUAAACAAAAGGCAAAAGUUAUAACAGCUUGUCAUCUAUUCUUGUACACUAGACUUAGUUAAGAAAAAAACAAACAAAAAAACAUUGCCAUUGAGUUGAUUUUGACUCAUAGUGAUCCUAUAGGACAGAGUAAAACUGUCCCACUGGUUCUCCAAGGCUGUAAUCUUUGCAGGAGCAAACUGCCACGUCUUUCUCCCGUGGAGCAGCUGGUGGGUUUAAACUGCCAACAUUUUUGGGUAACAGAUGAACGCUUAACCACUAGCCCAGGACUUCUUUCUAUAUAGACACUGUAGUCAAAUCCAAAGCAAAUAUGCAGACAGUUCUUUGAAAAGUUCUUCAAAUCAUGUGCAGAGGUUCAGACAGAUUUGAUAAAAGAAGGCUGUUUUACACAUAGUCCCUCCAACCCAUUGACUAUUAGUCUUUUAGAAUGAGCAGCAGCUGGCUGUGAAUUUAAACAUUGAAACACCAUCUGGCAAAGACAGUUUUUCUAUAAAGAAACAUGCCUGCUAAUGACACGUGCAGUGGGCCAGAUGAGGAAAAUACAGAUUUUCGGUACUUCAUCUAUGCAGUAACAUACACUAUUAUUCUUGUGCCAGGUCUCAUAGGGAACAUAUUAGCCUUGUGGGUAUUUUAUGGCUAUAUGAAAGAAACCAAACGGGCUGUGAUAUUCAUGAUAAACUUAGCCAUUGCUGACUUACUGCAAAUUCUCUCCUUGCCACUGAGGAUCUUUUACUACCUAAAUCAUGACUGGCCAUUUGGGCCUGGACUCUGCAUGUUCUGUUUCUACCUGAAGUAUGUUAAUAUGUAUGCAAGCAUCUACUUCUUGGUCUGCAUAAGUGUGAGGCGAUUUUGGUUUCUCAUGUACCCCUUUCGCUUCCAUGACUGCAAGAAGAAAUAUGACCUUUACAUCAGCAUUGCUGGCUGGCUGAUCAUCUGCCUUGCCUGUUCACUCUUCCCUCUUCUAAGAACCAGUGUCGACACCCCAGGCAACAGAACCAAAUGCUUCGUGGAUCUUCCUACCAGGAAUGUCAAUCUGGCCCAGUCUGUUGCUAUGAUGACUGUUGGCGAGUUGAUUGGGUUUAUUACUCCUCUUCUGAUCGUUCUGUAUUGUACCUGGAAGACAGUUUUAUCAUUGCAAAAUAAAUACCCUGUGGCCCAAGACCUUGGAGAAAAAAAGAAAGCCCUGAAGAUGAUUCUAACCUGUGCAGGGGUAUUUCUAAUCUGCUUUGCACCUUAUCACUUCAGUUUUCCUUUAGAUUUCUUGGUUAAGUCCAACGAAAUUAAAAGCUGCCUAGCCAGAAGAGUGAUUCUGAUAUUUCAUUCUGUGGCCUUGUGUCUUGCUAGUCUAAAUUCCUGCCUUGAUCCAGUCAUAUACUACUUCACCACUAAUGAGUUCAGAAGACGGCUUUCAAGACAAGAUUUGCAUGAUAGCAUCCAACUCCAUGCAAAGUUCUUUGUGAGCAACCAUACUACUUCUGCCAUGACAACUGAAUUAUGCUAAAAAAAACUGAAUAUGGCCUAAAGUGGAAAUAUACCAAAACACAUUUGCAAUAGCCAAACCACAAGGAAGUACUCAGAGAAAGUGUUCAUAACUUUUCAGUUACCUUCUAUCUUACUUAUAUGGGGAAUUUACACUUCAUAAUAGAACCUAUUUGGAGCUUUUUGAUACACCAUUAUCAUAUAAAAUAUUUGUGUAGAAAAUUUGUCAUCAAUUCUUUAAGACUUAAAGUAUAAAAUAGCAGUGACAUCCUAUAGACAUAUGUUCUCAACUAGAGUUAGCAGUUUUAUCUGUGAACCUAAGGCACAGAAAGACUAUUAGCUUCAGCUGGUGGUUUGAACCCAACACGAGGUGCCUCAGAAGACAGGCCUGGUGAUCUGUUUCUGAAAGGUCACAGCCUUGAAAACCCUGUAGAGCAGUUCUACUCUUCACACGUGGGGCUGCCAUGAAUGGAAAUUGACUCCACAGCAACUAACAAAAACAUUAUAAGGACUUAGUUUUGUUACAAAGGACAUUCAAAAAACAAAACCAAACUCGUUGCUGUCAAGCCGAUUCCAACUUAUAGUGACCCAAUAGGACAAAGUAGAACCGUUCUACAGGGUUUCCAAGGCUGUAAAUCUCUGUGGAAGCAGACUGCUACAUCUUUCUUCUACAGAGUGACUGGUGGGUUUGAACUGAACUACUGACCUUCUGGUUUGCAGAAGAGCACUUAACCACCGUACCACCAGGGGUCCUUCACAAAGGACUUUAGGUCUUCUGUAUUCAGAGGCAAUUUAGUUGUCUGUUUAUCUUAGUAACCACAGCUUAUAUUCCAAUAUAAUAUUUUUGGUUAUAGUCUAAGUGGGAUGGACAAUUUAUUACUGUAUGUUGAUGAAAUAUUAUAAACAUGGGACCAUUUUUAUCUGCCAUGUAUAAUUACACUCCAGGACUUGAAGACUCAAAUAGCUAAUUAAGACAUCAUCUGUCAUACCCACUCAUAGCAUGAAAUCUGAACUCAAGCCUCUGGUUUGUUUGAACUAAGAAUAAUACUCAGAUUCAUAUAUGAUAAUUCUCUAUGACUCUACAGGAUGCUGUUGAAUCUAUUCAGGGCAGGUAGCCUGCCAAAGUCCAUACAAUGUGACACAAAUGGCUUCUAUAGGCCCAAAAGACAGCAUAUAGGUGAAAAUCACAGCUCUGACUCCCUUAAACUACUUCCAGUGAACAUCUCUAGAGAUGUAUGGAUCUGCCUAGUAGAGAGGAUUUCCACCAUGCUUCUUGUGUGGCACUGAGGUACUUCCGACAGAUCAUUGCACUUUCUGAGCCUAUGAAAAUGUAGUGCACUAAUUAAUUACUAAACUUGGGCCAGAGUGAAAAGAUGAAGCAGAGUUAGGUAUACCUCAUAAAAUUCACAGCACAUUGUAUUUCUUACUCUAAGCUAGGUGGUAACUACUGAGCUACCCAUACCAGCCAGAGUAGGAUUUGUGGGCAGCCAGGUGUAUGGACACUAGAGUCUGCAGUGAUUUUUCUGGUUUAAUCUUGUCCCAGGCAUAACCAUUUUGUGGUCUACAUAGCUACCUCCCAGCAGCUGGGGAAGGUAAUUCUUCUAUCUUUUGAGAAAAGUGCAGGAAAUUAAUUUUGGCAGCCAUGGGCACCCAUUGCAAUGCCUUGCCUGCUAGCUGCUUGGUACUAUUAUGCAAGAAACAGACCCAGAAUAUGAGUAGUAAUUAAACAUGAGGUCUUAAGUAUUAGAAUAAUUUGAAAAGUGUUUUAGCUAAAUGCUCUAGCAUAUUUUUAAGAAAUCGAUGUAGUUAAAAUCUAUGUGCUAUGUAAUGAAGACACAUACUACUUCUCAUCUAGAAGGAAUGUUCUAUUUUAUUUAGAGGAAGGAAUUGUUUUAAGCAUGCCAUUAUGAUAUUAAUAAGUUCUGGAGAAAAGAUGUGAAAUUUAAAUGAAUUCUAAUAUCUAAGAUUAAUGGGAACUUUUUUUUAAAGCUUUCUCUGGAUAAAUGUUGAUUUUGUUGUACUUAGUUAUUAAAAUGCCCUGUAAGAAAGUUGACUCUGUGCUGCUAGCAAUAGUGUAUCUAUGUAUCUCCUUAUUAUUCACUGUAAAGUACAUGUUUUAAUUUGUCAAAUCAGUGUUAUAUUGAGUUUUAUAAAAUAACUAAAUAUGUCUGGAGUGUUUGCUUUAAAGUGAUUUGCAUUUGAGAAUAAUUUAGUGUUGUAAUGCGGUUGCAAGUAAUACUUUUGUGGAACUGUGGGUUCUUGUAAUGGAAGAGUCUUAUGUAUAUUGUAUAUGUUUACUAUUUACUAGAUUAGCAUGAAUUACACUUCCUAGGGCCACUUGGAAGAAGGGUAAUUUAAUUUUAUUAAAAUAUUGAUUUCACUUUAGAGAUUUCUUUUUUUAAAAAAAAACCUGUUGCUGUCAAGUCGAUUCUGACUCAUAGUGACCCUAUAGGACAGUUUAGAACUGCUCCAUAGGGUUUCCAAGGAGUGCCUGGUGGAUAAAGGGGAAAGGAACUAUUUCCAGGAGAUUACUGACCUUAGAAGAAUGGUUGAGGGUAGAUCCCAUUACUUGUUAGGCAUCCCAGAAGUCCUUGCAGCUCAUUUACAUCAUUUGGGGAGAAGACAAGUAUCUAGUGCUCUUAUGCUGCUUGCCUUGGGCCACUCCUUCUCCCCAGACCUGCCCAUCUAGGUUAGUGUUCAGUGCUCUGAUUUACUUUAUCCAUCCUUCCCUCCAUCAUUAUGAUUUGUGUUAUGCUUUAGUCCCUUGUUCAUUUAAUCAGUAAUUGGAUCAGUUCAUUCACACUAAGGGGCUAAUGACUAACGUUAGCUUAAUAUUAAUUUACCCAAGGGUAUCUGAAUUCUGUAGAGAGGACUAGGCCUUACCUAAAGUGGUGACGUUCAAUGAAGGAAUUGUAGGCAUUAAGGCAGAAUGAAAGGGAGGAUAUUUUGAAGAAAGUAUGUUUGGCAGCAGAGCCUUUCAGAUUAUGUCUAGUAAAUGACCACCUAUUUUGCUUACCGUAAAAAAAAAAAAAACUUUUUUUUACCCAUAAAGGUAUGCUAAAUUCUAAGGAAUAUACCCACAAGAAUGGAUAUUAGUUUCUCAUAUCUCUUCCUGUUUUCUUUUUCCCUUCCAAUUCCAGACCUGACUUCUGGGGAAAUCACUAGUAGCCUCCUCUCUGAGUUUCUCUUUUCCUUGAGGAAUCUCCUCUCUGGAUCUCCCACUUAUCACAUUCUGGGUUCCAUGGAAUUGGGGUGCAAAGAGUAAACACCCUCAACUACCGUAAUAUGUAAUUUAACGUAAAUAAUCUCAUAUUUUUUAUAUAAAGUUGUUUGAGUUUUGAUUCCAAAAUACAAAAUUAUUCCAACAAGGGAGAUUUUGAAUAUAGAUUUAUUUCCAUGUUGUUAUUAUUGUCAUGAUUGUUAUUAUUAGUAUAUUCAAAUAGUUUAAAUUUUUUCAUAGUCAGUUAAGCAGCUAAUUCUAUUAACCAGUGAUUCCAUGAAGAGGACCUAUCUGCCCCAGUAACAACAAUCUAUGCUACCUUGGUUUGAAGAAGUGCAUCAGUGGAACUCUUGUGCAACUUAAUUUUCAUGUCACCUUUUUAUUUUUAUUUCCGUAAGAUACUGUGAAAAUAUUGCACUUGAAAUUUAUUUACGGCUAUAGUUUAUAACAUGCAUUUUAUUAAUAAAGAUUGUCUCUGUAAUUACACAGAAUGUUUCUGCCUCCAGAAGUCAAUGUGUAUCUAGUAUGCCUUUCAGCAAACUGACAGGCUUGAGGCUCCUUUUCAGUGUUCUCAUACACAUAGUUGAAAGUCCCUUGAGGCUCUACUCAUCUUUUCUCUCCCCGGAGAGGUACAUCUAUUCUCAAAGGGAAAAAUGAACCGCCUUAUUGAUUCUUUACUAUCCACACUGCACUAAGACUAUUCCCCACCCCCACGUCUGGACCAAGUUUAUUUGAAUGACUUAAAGCCCUGUAUUUGCUAGAGCAUAUUCUGUGGGCAGAAAAGGUGAUGAGGGUAGCAGAGAGAAAGUUUUCUUUUUACUCUGAAGGGUUUUUAAGACCUCACAAUCUGCUUUUUUCUUGCAAGAAAAACACCAUCCCCCACUGUACUCCUGUUUUUCUUCCCAAAACAGAACUUUUUAAACUAUAACAAAAAAGUAAAGUCAGGAAAACUCUCUCUGGUACAUGCCUCAUCUUGGUCUUCUUUCUCCAUUUUAACAAUUUCUUCCUCACCUCACCGUGUAUCACUGGUGCUUUCAGGAGACCCAGGUAUCUUUUGUGAUAACCAAUUUGUUAGGAAUUCCACAUUGUGGCCCUUGCAGAAAGAUUUUCCAAGGAAGUGGUAAAGGUUUUCCUUCAGAAGAACUUUUGACGAUUUGGCAUGCCUGAAGAAAAAAAAAAGGAGUAUAAAAAUAGGACCUGCCCCACGCUUCAAAUGUCCUCAAGACACAUAUUGUGCCCUCCAGAAUCCAGCCCAGAAGUAACUUCACUGCCUUCACUACCAUAUUUUUGUUGUUGUCGGAAGAGGGAAAUAAACUCUCAAGUAACUGUGGUUGUUUUACUUUCCUAAUUCCAUAGUUAUAAGUAGAAUGUGUAUGGAGAGGGGAGGGAAGUGCUGUAAAUAACUUUUUUAAAGUUCAUACACCAUUUCUUUAGCAGAACUUCCUCAGCUUUAACCAUUUAUUUGGUGUUGCUAAGACCAUAUCUCUUCUGUUUGCUGAGUUUACUCCAUCCAGCUCCUUACUGCACAUUUGCUGAUUAAUCUAUAGGCAUAGCCCUUAUUCAAGGCCUUACCUUUUCCUUCUUGGAUCUCUUUAAAGAGUAAUGGAGAAACUGCUCCAUGGGGAGGGUUGUAUUAAGGCCUGUCCCCAUGACCCCAAUAUCUUCUUUUAUUAGGAGCUUCAGGAGCACAGCUGAAUCAAACUUUGGCCAUAUACUCUUCAAGUUUAAUUCUGGACCAUAAUGGAGAGAUUUUUCACACUGGUCUAAAUGAAGUAGAAUAACUACAACUUGUAGAAAGACUGGUAAGACUUAUUCAGCUUUCUAAAGUAGUUAUGCAAACUCUAUGAACAUUGCUCAUAAUUAGGUGGCUAGUAUUUCUCAAAAACUUUCCUUUAGGCAUUCCUCAUUUUUUUCUUUUGAACCUAUUCUGACAAGGUGUAUUAGACUGUGGAUUCAGCUGUGGCUAAUAGAGCUAUAGCUUAAACUAGAUAUAAACAUACUUCUCUUUUAUGUGAAAGUGUGAGCCAAUGUGGUGGCUUUUCUUUGCAAGGUGUUUGGGGAUCCAGACUCACAACAUGUAACUACAACACCUCUUAGGUUUUUCCUUAAUCUGAAUAAGGUAUCUCAUCACCUUUUCAUUACAGCUAGUAGUGUCGGGAAAAUGAGGAAAGGGAAGCAUUAAAGGGAUGACAGCAAACUGCACACGUUCUUCCUGCUUGAAUUUACUGGCUAGAAAUCAACUGUGUGACCUCAUCAAGCUGUAAGAGAGGCUAGAAAAUGCAGACAUUAUUCUGGGUGGCCAGGUGCUCAGCUAAAAAUUAUUUUUUUAUAGAAGAAAUGGAAAACGAAUACAUGGUAACAACUUGUAUUAUUUGCCAUUUCAAAGAUCCCAGAGGUACGAAAGAUUCCAUCCAAACCACAAACUCCAGCAAGCCUUUGUAUAGUCCUUCUAUUAUAUAAAACCGCCACAUCAUUCCAGUGGAGCAUCACUCUUUCUUCCUCCAUGGGUCUAUCCAAAUUAUCGAACGCUGCUUAUUCCUAUAGCAAAAGUAGCAGCAGCCUCUAGAAAGUUAUGGUGGUAGUGCCCAGGGAGUGUAUGGACAAGACUUGGCUCCAGAAAAAUGGGGAACCAAAGAAGAGGAUAGAGGGAGUGACUGCCUUGGUCAGUGUCUAACCUAUAAUUUCUUCACCCUAUUCCCACAGAGGAAGCAAAAUACCCUUUUCCGACCUCUCGUUGAUGAGUCAGCUCAGGUGCAAAACAUAGGUUUGCCCUAAAACUUAAUUAGUCCAAAGAAUUAAAAUGGUUUUAGAAAGUCCUCUUUAGUUUUUGUUCCAUUUUCCAACAGUUGUCCUGUCUUUUUCUUCAGUUUUCAGGAUUGACCACUCUUGCUAAAGAACUCUCCAACCCUAUACACACCAGUUCACUUCUAAUAUAUUACAUUAAUUUUUCCCCUGAUAACUCCUUAUCAUAAUUGCAACUUGAAACUUUUUUUUUCUUCAGUUCUUUCAGCUUGAGACAAUGCUGAGUAUAUUCUUCAUUUUUGGUUUUUUAUCUCCAGGUCUUUGCACAAGACAUCAUAAUACUUUGUCUUCUCAAGCCACCCUUUGAAAUCUUUUGUUCACCUCUUUUACUUCAUUAUUUUUUCCUUUUGCUUUAGCUACUCAACGUUUAAGAGCAAGUUUCAGAGUCUUUUCUGACAUCCGUUUAAGUCUUUUAUUUCUCUCCUGUCUUUUUAAUGAUCUCUUGCUUUCUUCAUGUAUGAUGUCCUUGAUGUCAUUCAACAACUCGUCUGGUCUUCGGUCAUUAGUGUUCAAUGCAUCAAAUCUAUUCUUGAGAUGAUCUCUAAAUUCAGGUGGGAUACUCAAGGUUGUACUUUGGCUCUCUUGGAUUUUUCUAAUUUUCUUCAGUUUCAAUUUGAACUUGCAUGUGAUCAUAACAAAUUAUGGAUAACAUUACGGAGAAUGGGAAUUCCGGGACACUUAAUUGUGCUCAUGAGGAAUCUGUGUAUGGAUCAAUAGGCAGCCAUUCGAACAGAACAAGGGAAUAACUGCAUGGUUUAAAGUCAGGAAACUUGUGUGUCAGGGUUGUAUCUUUUCACCAUAACUAUUUAAUUUGUAUGCCGAGCAAGUAAUCCAAGAAGCUGAACCAUAUGAAGAAUAGUGCAUCAGGAUUGGAGGAAGACUCAUUAGCAACCUACAUUAUGCAGAUGACACAAACUUGCUUGCUGAAAGUGAAGAGGACUUGAGGCACUUGCUGAUGAAGAUCAAAGACCACAGCCUUCAGUGUGGAUUACACCUCAACAUAAAGCAAACAAAAAUCCUCACAACUGGACCAAUAAGCAACAUCAUGAUAAAAGGAGAAAAGAUUGAAGUUGUCAAGAAUUUCAUUUUACUUUGAUCCACAACCAACACCCAUGGAGGCAGCAGUCAAGAAAUCAAAAGACACAUUGCAUGGGGAAAAUAGGCUGCAAAACACCUCUUUAGAGUGUUGAAAAGCAAAGAUAUCACCUUGGGACUACGGUAUGCUUGACCCAAGCCAUGGUAUUUUUAUUUGCCUCAUAUGCAUGUGAAAGUUAGACAAUGAAUAAGGAAGACCAAAGAAUUGACACCUUUGAAUUGUGAUGUUGGUGAAGAAUAUUGAAUAUACUAUGGACUGCCAAAAGAAUGAAAAAAUCUGUCUUGGAAGAAGUACAGCCAUAAUGCUCAUUACAAGCAAGGAUAGUGAGACUAUGUCUCACGUACUUUGGGUAUGUUAUCAGGAGGGAUCAGUCCCUGGAUACGGGCACCAUGCUUGGUAAAAUAGAGGGUCAGCAAAAAGAGGGAGACCCUCAAUGAGAUGGAUUGACACAGUGGCUGCAAUAAUGGGCUGAAGUACAGCAACAAUUGUGAGGAUGGCACAGGACUGGGGAGUGUUUGAUUCUGUUGUGCAUAGUGUCGCUAUGAGUCAGAACUGACUCAAGGGCACCUAACAACAACAGCUCCUUAUCAUAAUUUUAAGCAUCCUAUUUAUUUGCCUAUUGUAUGUCUCCCUUAUUUGAACAUAAGAUUUGUCCAUUUUUGUGUCCACAAUGCCUAGCCCACAGCCUGCAACAUCAUAGAAACUCAAAACGUAUAUUGAAAGGAUGAAUAGCAAAUGAGUGUAAAUAAGCUGAACUCUUUAUCCAGCAUUACACUAUCUGGAAUGUUACAUCAAUUGAUGGCUUGUGGUUUAUCACUCACAAUAUUAAUUCAGAUUCAUGGUGUUGACCUAAAUGCCUUACAUCAAAACCAUCUAAGAUGAAAUACAUCUGACAAUUUGUGUGUAUAUGGGUGUUAUGUUCACUUCCUUAUUUUGAAAAUAUCCAUAUCACUAUAUUUUCCCUCUCAAGUAAAUAGGAUUCAUGAAUAGCCACAAUGUCCCCUUUAACCUGUCUGCAAAAGCUAUCAGAGAGUUUCUUAUAGAAGAUAAAUAGUUCUUUUAACUCAGGGAUCCAAAUUAAAAUAGUUAGUUGAUCUGACUAUUGCCAUUGCCAGUAAAUUAGUCAAGUGAAUAGAUGGGAUAAAUAAAACGUAACAGGGGGCAGAGCCAACAUGGCACUAUAGACAGAAGCACCAUACUGUCCUUCUACAGCAAAAGCCCAUAAAAUUAAGUAAAACAGAUACAAACAUCAACCUUGGAACCCUAGGGAUCAAAUGAAGGGAUAAAGAACUCUAUCGAGCACCCAAUGGAAUAAGAAACUGACAGAGAGCAGAGAACAAGGAGAGCUACAGAGUGGAGGUCCCCUAUUAGCUAACGUGGCAUGGAUUCUCCAUAUUGGACUUCAGUCACCAAAAACGGUGGACAGGGAGUACAGAAAGGCAACUUCACGGAGCUCCCAACAGGAGACACAGCACCUGGAAACCAAGGAUACACGCUUCUGCCCCACCACCACCCUUCUUCCCUUUACGUGGCCUCUGCUGCUGUCCAACAGGUUCAGUUGGAGAGACUCCAGCUCACUGACACCUGAGUCCACCCCACCACAACUGGCUGGCUCCUUCAGCACCAUUUUUUGUUGUUACUGUUUUUUUGGCUUUUUUUGUUUGUGUCGUCUUUCUUUCUCUCUUCCUUUCUUUCCUUUCUUCUGUCUGACUAGCCCUGUGUGUUGACCCUGCCCCUUCUUGAUGGUCUAUGCCACACUGCUCAGCUAGAAAGCCACGGACACAAGGCUCCCCAGGGUCUAUGCCUCCCCCACCAGCAGGCCCCCACAGCACUAUUUUACUUUUUUUUUUUGGUUUGUUUGUUUUUGCUUUUGUCUUUUUCUUUUUUGUUGUUUCUUCUCUCUCUCCUUUCCUUUAUUCCACCCACUUAGUCCAAUGUGCGCCCCCCCAAGGGCUGUGCCACACCGCUGGCUAGAGAACCUAUGGCAUACAGCCUGGUCUGCCCUGCGCCCAGAGGCUGACUUCCUCAGCAUUAUAUUUUUUUAUUUUUCUUCAUCUUUCCUUUUCUCCUUUUUCCUUCUCCCUCCCAUCUAGGUCCUGACCUGCCUCCACCACUUCCUGGUGGGCUGUGCCACACUGCCUAGUGAGAGAGACACCAGCUCACCACAACUCCAAUUCCUCCCUGCCCUCAAAGGCCAGUUUCCCCAGCACCAUAUUUAUUUCUGUUGUUGUUGUUUCGUUUUGUUUUCUUUUGCUUUUUGUUGUUUCUUCUCUCUAUCACUUCUUUCCUUUCCUUUCUCCUACCCACCUAGCCCAAUGUGCCACCCAAACCCAUUCUCAGGCCAAGCUGCACCACUUAGCUAGAGAGCCACCAGCACGUGGCCUCACUGGAUCUGCCCCACUCCCACUCUCCAAAUCCUACUGUGUCACCUUUUUAUUUACUUUUUUCUUUCUUCUUCUUUUUGCUUCUGUUUUGCUCUUUUCUUUCUUUCACCCAUGUAGCUUCACAAAUUACAUCUUAUCUUCAUUGUGCACUGAGCACUGGAUCACCAAGCUGCACAGGCAAGGAUCACCAGACCCCACCCUGCACUGUCCCCUGGACCUGCUCCUUUGGUCCCAGUACAUGUCACAAAUGACCCAUCCUGAUCCUCCAUGACUGGACCUGCUCUGCUGUACCAUAGCUGAUCGCCCAGUCCUGCCCACCUAGACAAGGUGGUGAGCAGUAUUGUACCCACAGACAGCACAGCCCACCAAGACCGCCUGCCCAGACAUAACCAAAUUAAAAAAAGCAGUAAGAAACAAACAAAUCUACAAUCAAAAAAUGGGGAAAAUAAUCCCUGAAGGUCUCCAAAGCAGCAGACAAUAUCAAAACAUGUGAAAAAACAGGACCAGAUGGCUCUAGAAAGCGAUUGAUAUAAAACACCAGAUAACCUUCUGGAAGAAGAAUAGGCAAUGGAAAUACCUGAUAGGGGAUUCAGAACUCUAAUAUUCAGGGAUCUCCAAGAGAUGAAGGAAAACAGACAAAAAUCUGAAAAAAAAAUAGACAAAAUCUUGGAAAAUCCAGACAAAAUCAGGGAAAACACAAAGAAAUGGAAGAAGUCCGGAAAAUAAUACAGGAACAAAAUGUCAAAAUAAACAAACAACUAGAAAUCAUGCAAAAACAGCUAUUAGAAUCCAAAAGAUAAACAAGAUUUCAGAAAGGGGAAGUGCAAUAGAAGAUUUUAGGAGCAUAUUUGAAGCAAUGAAAGACAGGAUCAGUGAAAUUGAAGACAAAUCCUUGGGCACCACUUUGUUGGAGGAAAAAUCAGAGAAAUGAAUAAAGAAAAAUGAAGAAACCCUGAAAAUGAUGUGGAAUACAAUCAAAAGCAAAAAUUUGCAUUUGAUCGGAGUUCCAGAAUAGGGAGAGAAAACAGAAAACACAGAGACUAUCAUUGAAAAUUUGCUGACAGAAAACUUCUCUAAUAUGAAAGCUGAAAAGUUGACCAUCCAAGAGGCUCAAUGAACCCCAUGUAAGAUAGAUCUCAAAAGAAAGUCACCAAGACAUAUAAUCACACUUGUUAAAACCAAAGACAAAGAAUCCUGAGAGUAGCUAAAGAAAAACAAAACAUUACAUACAAGUGGGAAAUAAUGAGACUAAGCUCUGCUUACUCAGCGGAAAUCAUGUAGGCAAGAAGGCAACAGGAUGACAUAUAUAAAAACUUGACAGAAAAAUACUGCCACUGAAGAAUAAUAUACCCUGCGAAUCUCUCACUCAAAUGUGAUGGCAAAAUUAGGACAUUUACAGAUGAACAGAAAUUAAAGAACUAUUUAAAAACCAAAUGAAACUUACAAGAAUUAUUAAAGGGAGUCCUUCAGUUAGAGAAGCAACAAUGUCAGACGGCAGUCUGAACUUAGGACACAGGACAGCAUCAGUCAAAUAUCAACAUAGGAAAUGAACUAUCAAGGAUAAAACAACACGAAAAGAUUUCCAAAAGGGAACCAGAGAUGCCAAUCUGUAAAUGACAACAACAUCAGAACAGUAAAAGAGGGAAUAAACAAUAUAGGCAUAGAUCUUUCAAAUGGAGAGGAAGUCAAGGUAAUAUCAAGUAAUAAAAGCCUACUUUAAAUUUAGGAUGACAAGGGUUAAUUUCAAGGUAAGCACAAAGAAAGUUAACAAACCUACACAUCAAAAUAAAGUAGAAAAAUAUAAAGUCUCAGUAAACACAAAAUCUGCACAAUCAAAAGACCUCCCCCCAACACACACACAAAAGGAAUUCAGCACAAGAGAGUAAGAAGAACAAAGAAAACAUCAGCACCAAAAAUAAUAAAUAAAAAGCUGGACAGGAAUAAACUCAUACUAAAUGUAAAUGGUUUAAAUGCACCCCUAAAUUGACAGAGAGUGACAGAAUAGAUUUAAAAAAAAGGACCCAUCAAUGUGCUCUCUACAAGGGACACACCUUAGAAACAAAGACAUACAUUAAAAAUUAAAAGAUAGGAAAAACAAAUCAAGGAAAAGGCAACCAAAAAAAAAAAAAAGCUGGAGA